UUGGACCUACCUUAAAUUUAAUCUGAUUCAGCCCAAAUACAUGCUUUCAUUUUCUUUUUCUGGCAAAAUCUAGUGAAAAAUAGGCUUUGCUCUUCUUUCCUCUGUCGACGGCCUUCGCUCCCUUUUUGCUCCGCCGCUGAUUCCACCUCCAGUUUUAUUGAAAAUGAAGAAAGGGUUGCACCCUCAGAUGCAAUGGGUAUCUUAUGUGACUCCGAGUGGUCGAUUGAUUAAUUUCAUGAUGACAAAAAUACAUAGUGUUGGGAAAGUUUAUCACUUAAGGGCAAAACGUCAAAUGGCUGCAAGCGUAGGACAGAUUGCUAAGUUCAACCGUCGGUAUGGGCUGGAGAAGCAGGAGGGCUCAGAGGACUCUGAGAAAAAUGAAAAAUGAAAUACGGAUGGUAUGCAAUUUUGGGCGUUUAUAGUUCGAUUUUAGUAUCUAUGUUGUGGAAUAACUUGACUCUUGUUAGUUAGUUGAAGCUCAUUCGAUCUUAGAACUGCUCCCUUUUGAUAAAAUAGUGCUUCAAAUGUAGCUUAUAAGAUGUUCUUUUUUCAGAUCUUAGUUCUUUCUUUACUAUGAUGCAUGCUGAGCAUUUGAUACAUUGUUUGGAAAUUGAAGGUUAACAUAGUUGAAUAUUAUUCGAUAUAA